GUGCAUUUUUUUUAAUAUCAUAGUACGGUAAAAAAUUAAAUAUUUAUCAACGGCGGUAAAUUUUAGUAUUUUUUUCCUUUCCCUUAAUUUCUUAGUUUCCCUCUCGAACAAAAUAAGUUUCAAACAAAAUCUGGUGCAUUGAACUCAGUUUUCGUAACGAUUCUCAUUGUCCCCCACCGUUGUUUUCGCCGACGCUUUCAAGCCGCCGUCGCUGUUGCUCCGACGAGCCGUAAGAAACCCUAGACGGCGCCACCACAUUCAUCUCACUUGAAACUCAAAAGAAGAAUCGCCCAAGAGAACUGCCGAAUCCCAUUGCUUUGUUUUUCAUUGUCGUUCAUCACCUGAAUCAAAGAACCAGAUAAUGGCUGUGAUGGGUAUGGCAAAAGAUGCAGGACUUCCAUUGAUGAAGUUGAUUAAGUUGAGAGGGAUGCCUAUUUUGCAGCAAUUGCAUUUGGAGGAACGGCUGCUUCGAACCAGUUCAGAUAAUUGGUGCCUUAUCAACGAUGGAACAAAUUCCCCUGCCAUUGUAAUGGGCUUGUCUGGGAAACUUUCAGAACUGGUCGAAGUCAAGCCUGUGUUGCAAGAUCGUAUACCCAUUAUCAAAAGGUUUACCGGGGGAGGAACUGUUGUUGUUGACCAUGACACUAUAUUUGUUACGUUGAUAUGCAAUAAAGAUGCCGUUUCAAAUGUGCAACCCUUUCCCCGCAGUAUCAUGUCAUGGAGUGGUUUAUUAUACAGUGAAGUUUUUAAAGGGCUUGCUGAUUUCCAUCUCCGUGAGAAUGAUUAUGUGUUUGGUGAUCGGAAGUUUGGUGGUAAUGCUCAGUCUAUAACCAAGAAUCGGUGGGUACACCACACAUCAUUUUUAUGGGAUUAUGAUGUCAAAAACAUGUCUUAUCUCAAGUUACCUGCAAAGGUUCCUCAGUACCGAUUAAGAAGAAGUCACAUGGAUUUUAUUUGUNGAAUGAAGGAGUAUUUGCCUAGAUCNGAAUUUAUUGAGAGAACCAUUAAGGCUCUUGAUGGCCAAUUUUCG